AAACAAAAACGAAAAAAUGUCGAAAGUGAGAGUAUCCCGCAAGAGACUUCACGAAAAGCUUCAAAAAAACAAAAAACUGUAGCUGAACCUACACGAUACUCGGAACGUAUUGCUAGACAGGACUCAGAACUCGCAGGAGCUACCAGGGACAUUAGGAUUAGUUCCGGUUCCGAUUCCGGUUCCCGUUCCAGCUAUGACUUAAAGGAUCUCCCUUCUUCGGCAUCUAGAUUCACAGAAGACGAUUUGGUGGCACUAAACGCUACAUUCAUACCGGCUUCCAACGAGAAUGAAGUCAUUCCUGAUGUUGAAGCAAUAAACGUUCCCCAAGAAUAUUUUCUCCCCGAACUUCCUAGUGAUAUGCUUCGGAGACCAAAUUUUAAUGUUGACGGUAUUCAAACUUCUGGUCAGCCGAUAGUGACAGGCUCAGAUCGACUUCAAGCACUAACUUCUAUUCAUGUCAAAACGUUCCUUAACAAUCUGCACAGAGUUGUUAUGAAUGCAGGCCUUGAUAUAGGCACGGAGGAAUCUAAGACCGACACAUUAGUAACCCAUCUUCUACUUCGAGUUAUUGAUUUCGGAGGUUGGCCCUUUGCAGUUAGAAUCAAAGAAUCCUAUAAGCUGUCCGUUAAUUAUAAGAAGAUAUCGGCGAUACCUGAUAUAGUGGUGGAUAAGGGAGAGAUUUCUAUGAUGAUCGUAGAGGACAAGCAUUUAAAAAAUGUUACGGCACCUGAUUUUGGUGAAGCGCAAAUUAUGGCUGAGAUACUCGCUUGCGGAUAUGAAAACUUACGUACAUCCCGUGCUAUUACGGAUCAAACUAUAUUUGUCGUUCGUGUUGUCUCCUCCUAUGUUACAUUUUAUAGGAGUAAGAUUAGUGCAGGGUAUUGGAAAGAAAUUAAGAGGGGCUUACCAAGAAAGAAAAAAGUUACGGUUUUAAGAUGGCCGAUGGCGAACGAUCCAGUUACUGGUCUAGAUUUUGCAGAGCCAGGUGGAAGGCAAGCAAUAUUGACUGCAUUGGCCAAAAUUCGCCAAUUUAUUUUACAACCCUCCUCCUUCAGCAUCCAAAGACCAGGCGGAGCAGAGUAG